UAAUGAUUAUUUUCCCAAAUUUGACAUUAACCUUUUUAUACAAAAUACAAAAAAAUUACAAAACCGGAAAAUGUUGGGAAAUGGGUAAAUCAGACCGAUUUUAUAGUCAGAAUUCAAACCAACCACUGGAAGCAGAUUUCAGUUUAGAAGAGCAGAUGAUCCCGCGUGUGCAGAGCAUCUACGAUUUUGGUACUAGCUUGGAUUCCAAUCGCGCCUAUAUGCGGUAUAUGAGAUCCCUGGUCCGAGUGCAAAGUUCCAUACACAGAAGAUUCCAUAACCGAAGUUCUCGAAGUUCUCAGGCCCACCACAGUCGCAUAUCUGCUGGUGGUUCUGCCAAAAACUCGGAUAAAUCUUCUCAGGAACUUAAAACUAAUUCUCGAAGUUGCGACCAGCAAAAGGAACAACCAACUGACUGCUCUUUAAAUAAUAAGCCUGUGGAAUCUUCCGGUCAGUGUUGUGAUAAAUCUUCAAAAAAAUCAGAAAGCAGUGGCUGUUCAAAGCCGGAACCCGUUAAAUCCCCAUGCUGCGAUGCACCUGAGAAGCAGCGCAAAAGUUGUGUAUCCUUUGAACAGCCAGUGGCCACGGAAAUUCCUGCUUUUGAUCCCCCCUUUCGGGACUGCCCAUGUACAGAGCCCGAUGAACGUCAUCUGCCAAACAUAGGUGUUUGCUGCGGUCAAGAACCAUUUAGGAAAAUCCAAAAAACGUAUACCGCUGAACCGGCAAAAGAAUAUCCACCUCAGGAGAGGGAAAGAAAUCCAUCAGCUCGAAGAUGUUGCAGUAGACCCAUAAUUGUAGUGCCCUCGGGAGAAGGAACUAGGAGCAAGGCACAUGCUCAACCGAAUUCAAAAGUUGUUACCCAGGAUCACCCCAAAACUUCACCAACUUCUAAGCCACAUAGUCAAAAUCAAUCCAAAUCCCAGUCUCCUGAUAAGUCCCUUAAUCCCCCACCAUAUACCGAAAAAUCAACAGUGGAACAACAGAAAACAUGUCCUAUUUGCAAUCAAAAUUAUCCUGCUCAUUCCAAAUGCCAGUGCAUAACUAAAUUUGAAAGUAGCCCUUCAGAGGAGAAACCCCAUUGCUCUACGAAACCAACACCUUGUAGCAACUGCCCAGCCAUAACUGAUAUAUCCAAGCAGUUAUAUGAGAUGAAUCGCCGAUUGGAGGGUCUUCAGAGUCAGGAAUUGUUCGACAUUCGCAACCAGGUGGAUAGCCUCAAUGCCAGUGUUCAAUCGUUGACCAGUAAGUGUAUCGAGACGAAGUGUCCCCCGAAAAAGCUGGAGAAAAAGGCCUCGAGCACCUGUCAGUUCUGCCGGGGGCAGUGUUUGACCCAGCUGGAUAGUUUCCAUUGCCAGCUGAUGGACUUGAUUGGAAAUCGCUGUCUUACCGAUAUCGUAAUAUCCAUAUUCCUGCGAGCCGAUAAUCUAUACCAUGUGAAUGUGAGGGAUUUGAGCUCGGGAAGUUCUCUGGGAUGUUUUCUGGUCACCGAUGCCGCCAUCGAGGAGGCCAUUCAGUUGGGCGUGUUCCAGGAAAUACUCACCUUCAGUGUGAUCGAUGUGCGGAAUACCAUCAAGCCGAAGAGCUGCCCCUUGGGCAUAUCCUUUGAGUUCCAUCACGCAGAUCGCCAGAGCGGUGGUUGCGAUCGCAAAGCUCGUGGGAAUUGCAUGGUGGGUAAGGACUAUGUGGCCAGGGUCUUGGGUCUUCCCCUAGAGCAGCUCAAGUAUGUGUACUCCGUUCCCCAGGAACCCACCGAAAGUAAAUCGAGGAAAUCCAGCAAACACUCGAGCAAUAUAGAUCAUGGCUUUCCAUCGUGUUCUACUUCAAAUCAGCCGAGAUUGAAAGGCAAAUCAAAGAUCAGUAGUAAAAAAGCUGACCAGGAAAUGCCCGCUAUCUAUGUUCCAAUUAUUUUACCCGAUGACGAAGACAAAAAUCUAUUAGCGAUUUGGAAACGACCUCACUAUCAGGAGUAGAUUGUCAUGUGAAAAAAUCUAAGAAUACAUAUGACCUCCGAAAAAUAGCGCCUACUAGAAACCAAAACUAUUUUAUUAAACAAUUUCAUAAAAAAAAUAUCACAAGACUUAAGAUUUAGCAAGGCCCCUUCAAAUUUCCCUUUCUUAUAAUUUUAAA